AUGUUUACUCAGAGAAGGCAAAAGAAUUAUCAUUCGGGAGGUGAAGAAAUCAACAAGAAACUGGAGGCUAUUACUCAGAAAUUUGCUGAUGAUCUUCGUAAGGAUAUCAAGGAAAUUAAAUUUCCGACCAUGUUUUCAAAAGAAUGGGUUCUUCUUUGUGAUAAAUUGGAGAAAAUCUCAGAGAUUGUUCGUAUGGAACGAGAAGACAUGAAUUUUGACUCGAUCACUGCACAUUUCAAUAAGGAAGAAUGUAAAAAAAUUGAAGAAUCAGCAUCUGAGAAGGAUGAUACCUCUUCAGUAGCAGUCAAUGACGAGCUAGGAAAUCAUUCCAUUCCUUCAUUGCAAUCACAUGAAGAGCCAACCCAUGACCUUGUGAAGUCAGAGAAAUCAGCAACGGAAGAUCUAUCGAGUGUAAUGAACAAAUCUUCAGGCAUCUCCAGACCAUCCACUGCUUCAUCCCUCAGUAACAAUCCAAGAAAAAAGAAGAGUAAUAUUCAAUUUGGGUCUACGGAUUUGUUUGGUGGCUCUUCGUUUGGCCCUAAAAAACCAAGCACAACAGCAUCAACAACUAGACCCUCUACAGCUUCUAGCUUGAUUUCAACAUCAUCAUAUACUUCUUCGUCCUCUCAUUCAUCUGUAAAUCACAAACAACAAGCAAUUUCAACAUCAUUUAAUUCAGAAAAUACUUUGUGGGAUAGAGAUGAAUAUUGCAUCCGAUUCUUAAUAGAAGAGGGUAAAAUUAAUUUACUAUUGAGACUAUUGGAUGAAUUUAAAGAUGAAGAAUUGAAAAUACGGCUCGGAGUGAAAUCUCUGUCAACUGACAUUCUGCCCAAUACUGGCCUCGCUUCAGAGUCGGAACUCCAAGAAAAGAUGAAACAUUUUGAACAGUCUCUUUGUUUAAUGCUCAAGUACUGUUUCCAUUCUGUUGAAGCCUUGCAAACCAUUGACGUGUAUCAAUAUUUAGAUUUCAUUAAUAAGAACUUGAGAGAGGAUUUGUUUUUAGACUCCAAGCAAAAAUUGAAUGGCGAAGAAGUCUAUCGCACAGCAGAAUUUACAAUUUUUGAUUUCCUUAGAGCUUUAUUUGUGCAUAUAGAUCGGUUAGAUGAUACCAAGAUAUGUACUCUGUCCAUUGACAGACAAAUUCUUCCUAAAGCCAUCCGGUUUCUUUACAAGACUUGCGCCCAAAUUGGUGACAAUGAAAGAGUGUUGUGUUUUGAAGCUCUCUCUGCAAUGAUGAACGCAGAGACCUUUCAAACUUCAAGAGGCAAAUUCUUUGGGGAUGAUAUAGAGGCAAAAAAGAUGCUGGUACAACUCUUUGAAAAGUACAUUAAGCAGUUACUGACCUCAUACGAAAGAAAGAAAUCUCUCCGCUCGCUCGUUGAUCAGGUGAAUCGAUUCAAAAUUGAGUUUGUCAUGUAG